AUGGUGAGAACGAAGCAGAUGGCUAAACGUGAUGUCGCGAUUGCUUCUUCGUCACAUGCAGAGGAUGAAUCACCCAGACCCCAUCUCGCUGAUGAAGGAUCUGAAGCAACUCCUCCGAGAAACGAGUUACCAACAACGAACCUGCUCCCAGAGGUCACGGAGGAACUAGACGAGUUCAAUACUGCACGGGAGAAGGCUCUGUCUGACGAAAGCGGAGAACAGCAAGUCUCCUCUGUCCAAGAAAAAGGUCCGAUUACCCAAGAUGCUACGACAUCGACUGACCCAACACCGCCUAAGUCUCCAUCUGCCCCACUCGACGCUACACCGUCUGAACCACCCAGAUCUGAAAAUCCAAAUCAGGUAUCUGACCCUCUGUUGCUUCUUUGCCCUGAUGAAAAGAUUGAGUCUGGUGACAAGGCAGGAGAACAAAGUCAGGAUCAAUCUGAAGCAGAGACAGAGGAUGUAGUUUAUCUCGGGUCAUCGGCUGAAGAAAUCUCUGAGAAACGAAGCAGGAAGAAGCGGGUGAUGAAGAAGUUGAGAUUAGGAUCUUCAAAGCGACGCAAGACGAGUAAAUCAGGCGCCUCUAAGUCCACAUCUAAGGCACCAUCGACUGAUGAGUUGAGUCCUACAGUCCUGGCUCAGAAUACCUCGGUUUCAAGCCGUGUUCGAUCCAGGAAAGCAUCGGAGAGAAGUGCUGCGGUUGAAGUAUCACCAAUCACCGAGAGGGUUCAGCAGUUUAUGCGUAGGAACCUCAUAGCCGAAAGAUCAGUGGAUAUGACUGAGAAGGAUCAGUGGGGCUAUGUUGAGGUCAUCGCAAAAGGUUCUAUGGGAACUACCGUCUCAGCACUGGGAAACUAUGUGGAAAAAGUUGUUGCUGAGUUCUACGCCAGUCUUCCUGACACAAAGGUUGAAGCAGAUGCAGAGGAGAUAGCAGUGCAGGUGCGUGGUCACACGUAUGAGUUCUCACCAACGAUGAUCAACGAGGCUCUGCAUGUUGAACCUCUGGAUGAAGAUGAGGUAGAAGAAGAGACCACUCUUGAUAGCAUCUCAAAGUCUGAGUUGGCUGAGUUUCUCACUGAAGGAACUCGAAAGGAAUGGGACAAUCUGACCACUACUGACUUGUCUCCUUGCUACGGUGCACUCAUGAUCAUUGCUGCCUACAACUGGAUCCCGUCUACACACAAAACACAUGUCUCUGUUGAUCGAGCACGGUUGAUCUACAAGAUGGCUCGAGGAAUCCGAGUUGAUAUGGGAAGAUUGAUCUUCAGGCAAGUCAUGAAUCUUGGUGUGGUGCAGAAAAAUGACUCUCGCUGGCUGAUAUUUCCUCGCCUAAUCAUGAGUGUCCUCCAGAAGCAACACCGUCGGCUAGCAAAAGCCAAGGGUAAGGCAAAGAAGGGAGGGGAUGGAAAACUUUCCUCAAGAUCAGCUCGUGUGUCACACCCUCCGCCAUCAUCCUCAAGUGCUCCGACUCCAAGUACCACCACAGGACCGCGACGUUUCAGUGUGCAUGACCUUGGCUCUGUUUCCAUCCCUCAAGGAGUGUUGACUCAGGAUGAUCUUCACAAGGUCUUACAGAAAACAACUCGAGCUCUUCAGGCACUGAUUGACAUUAUUCAGGAUCUGAGUCACUCUGUUGCAGGGGGAGAAGAUAAGGAUUAA